UGCAAUCCGACUGAAUGCAAAAUUAUUAUAAGCUUGGCAUGCUGUUGAAUAAGUAUAUUUGCUUACAAUAUAAAUUAAAUAAAUUGUCACUGAGUGAGAAUCAUUGAGUGCAUGCAUUUGCAAAUUGGUGAGAGUUGGGCUGUCGGGCAUCCUGCGGGGGUGUUUCGGAGGUCUGAUCAAGCUUUUGAGCUGUGACUCGACACAGAUCAGAUUAAACUGUGAACCUAGGGGAGACGUCCCGGGGUGGAUUAUUAUAAGAAUUCGCUGCACCGCCUUAAUGUAGCAACCAUCACUCUCCCGGUCCGCUCGUUUUCUCUUCCGGGUGCUGAUGAUUUCUCUUGCAGUCGCAGAAGGAGGCUGUUUCAUUCCCGACCGUAUUGUUAUUUUUAAAGGGGUAUUAAAAUGAAAAUAUCACAGGAAUUUAGGCUGGGCUCAUUGAUCUGCCUCCCUGUUAUUAAACAGUGCUCCGUUUUUUUCUUUCCCUGGAAAAUUCCCUGCAGCCUGGUAUAAUGACUGUUGUUAUGAUAGCUAGAUUGCCACGCCUUGUAUAGCCUACUGUAAACCUGCUAAAGUGAUUUAGACCAAGAUGCUACAAGGCUCAGCUGUCUUUGGGUAUGAGAGGCCCCUUCUCAUCAGGGUGUCAUUCAGCACCUGUGUCCUGGCUACUGUAUGCCUGCCAUUGCUGGGACUGAUAACUUGUGUCCUCAUAUCCUCCACCUUUCACUUCGAGGACUCUACUGGUACACAUUGCCAGGUUCCAAAUUACCUGCCAUCUAUCAGCGCCUCGAUAAGCCUGAGUCCUGAGUGCCACAUAUGGCGGUUCUGCAUCGGACUGCACUCAGCACCGAGGUUCCUUUUGGCGUUUACAUACUUCAAAUUUUACAGGACACGUUUUGCCUCGAAGUUUCCUGAGAGUUCACUCUGUUCACUCCCAUGCCUGAACCUGACCUUUUCUAUUUUGGAGAACCUCAGCCUCCUGCUGCUCACAUAUGUAUCAUCCAGCGAAACAUUCUUUGUACAUAAAGAAGGUUUUCUCCUCUUCAUAGUCAGCUCUAUUAUCCACAUGAUGAUAACCUGCCGUUUAUGGAAAGCUAUUAAGAAGUAUUCAUUAAAUCCUGAGGAUGCCAAGUCUCACCACUGGAAAGUGCGCUUCUUAUUUCUCAAUGUAUCUUGCUGCGCUUUUGCUGGAUUCUUUUAUUGGAAACAUAACAUGUACUGUGAAUCAGGGAGUUAUACGUUUUUCGCUCUGUUUGAGUAUCUGGUUGUCUUCUCCAACAUGGCCUUCCAUCUCACAGCAGUGUGGGACUUUAAGACUCGGGAGGUGAUGGUCAUUUCAUCCUCUGAAGAUAAAGACUUCUGACUAGAAACGUCAGGACUAGGUGCGAAAAGCACAACCACUGAACCCACUGAUGAUAACAGCCUUGACUCUGCGCAGGAGGAAGAUUGGGACGGCCUUUUCCAUAUAUUUUCAUGAUGAAGACUCUCUUACAGGGUGUAGACGUCAGACUAGUUAUAUGCACAUGUGCUACUGUGAGGUCUAUUCAGUAACUGUUGGUGCACUUAUUGCCUUAGUGUAGUGAUACUCAACCCGAGGCUCUCGAGCCACAUGUGGCUCAUUUGGGACUAGUUAGGUCCUACUUGGACAAAAAAAAUCCAAAGUAAUCAUUUAAAAAAGGGAAACAUUGUCAGCAGAAAUUAUUAUUUGCAAGUCAUGUCACUGUGUUUCCCACACAUAUUUUAGGACAGAAAGAGGUUUUUUGAUUGUGGCUCUUGCAGAAAUAUCUUUUGGUCAAUGUGGCUCUUAAGUCUAACAAGGCUGAGUACCACUGCCUUAGUGUCUCAUUCAUGGAUGCCUUUGCUAUGUUAUGUGCAAUUUUAACUUUUGUACAGUACACAUAAAAUGUGUGGUAAUAUUGUAUGUGUGCCAAAGUAAAGUAAAUGUAUUUGAAGUAUA